AUGCCGGGACUCACCGUAGGCGUUCUCGCACUCCAAGGCGCUUUCGUGGAGCACAUCAAGCUCCUGCGCCAGGCCGCGGAUGAGCUGCAAGCACGUUGGGUGGCUGCCGCCGGUGAGGAAUGGGAGGCGAGUCAGCCGCGACAAGGUGGCGUGACAGACAUGGCCUCAAGACGUGGAGGUGAGGACUCGCAGAUGCCACAGAAUGAGGAGCAUCAGCACGAGCAUGCUGUCGGCGUGAAACUUGCAUCCGCCACAGUCCGUACUCCAGGCAUCGGCCAAUCUGGACCAGAGGUAGGUGUCAAGUCUCAUCCCUCCGCCACCGCAGACCCCCUCCUCAUCCACAUAACCGAAGUCCGUACCCCUUACCAACUCUCAAAAUGCGCCGCCCUCGUCCUCCCGGGAGGCGAAAGCACAAGUAUCUCCCUCAUAGCAGCCCGCACAGGCCUCCUCGACCCUCUUCGCGACUUCGUGAAAGUCAGAUGCCGGCCCGUCUGGGGUACUUGCGCCGGUCUGAUUCUGCUUGCUGAGGAAGCGGUGGAGAGUUUUGAAGCGGAGCUUGAUCUUGGGAGUUUUCUUGGAAGGGGUGAGGGAUCUUUCCACUCGGUUUUCAUUCGUGCGCCUGUGGUUGAGAAGGUGCUCGUUGCCUCUAAGUCCGAGACGUCUGUUUCUCAGGAAGUAGAGAUUUUGGGUCGUCUGCCUGGUCGUGCGAAGGCACUUCGGGAUAAGACUGUUACGGCCGAGGAUCUGGGAGAGGAGGGAGACAUUGUUGCUGUGAAGCAGGGUAAUGUGUUUGGGACGGCUUUCCAUCCUGAACUGACUGGUGAUGGGAGGAUCCACCUGUGGUGGUUGAAUGAGGUCGUCGAGGAGUUUGUGAGGAAGCAGAAGGCGGAGUAG